UAGCGGCCUUUUACUUCCGGUCUUCCCACGAGACGGACCACGUUUUCUUUCUGGCUUAAAAACCUUUACACAAAAUGGGUUUCGGGGACCUAAAAUCGAAGGCUGGCCAAGAUGCAUUAAACGAAUACCUCGCAGACCGCAGUUAUAUUGAAGGGUACACCCCAUCUCAAGGUGACAAUGUUGUAUUCUCUGCAUUGUCCGGGGCACCUGGGGCCGGUCUUCCUCAUGCCCUUCGAUGGUACAACCACAUUGCCUCUUACGGCAAUGACCGAAACAGUUUCCCUGGCCAGAAGAAAGACCUGAGCACAUACGGUGGCAAAGGGGCAGAGCCUGCAGCAUCCAAGAAGCCUGUUGAUGACGACGACGACGAUGAUAUUGACAUGUUUGGAUCUGAUGAUGAAGCAGAUGCAGCAUUUGAAGCUGAGAAGAAGAAGCGUGUGGCAGAGUACGCUGCAAGGAAGGCAAAGAAGCCUGUUCUCAUCGCUAAGAGCAACAUCAUCAUGGAAGUGAAGCCAUGGGAUGAUGAGACAGACAUGAAGGAACUCGAGCAAAAGGUUCGAUCUGUCGAAACAGACGGACUCAAGUGGGGGUCAUCGAAACUCGUUCCAGUUGGUUACGGAAUCAACAAACUACAGAUCAUGUGUGUAGUGGAAGAUGACAAGGUUGGCACAGAUUUCCUGGAGGAGAACAUCACAGCCUUCGAAGAUUUCGUCCAGUCAGUUGACAUUGUGGCGUUUAACAAGAUUUAACAUCAUUAUAUUAUUUUUAAUACUGUACAGGCGUCCGUCAGUGCUAAAUAAAUGCUAAAACAAAA